AUGCAGACUCAUCAGAAAUCGCAGAUUCGACGCGCAGCGUUCUGGACUGCCGGGAUUACUGUGGGCCACUUUGCAAUCAAUACGCAUUCUCCGGCGCUCCACUGGAUUCACAUCUUGCUUGCAGGUCUCUUUCUUAUUCCCAUCCUGAUCUCUGCUGUCGAAUUCGAACUGAAAGGCGGUUUGCUCACAGCAGGUGUUGCGAGUGCCGUCUACCUUAGCCAUCUACUCUGGUCAUGGGGGGAUUCGCCGAUGGCGAAUCUCGACCAAUACGCGUGGCUUGGAGUGUAUCCGAUUGUUGGUGCGAUUACCGGGCACCUCGUGCAGUCUUCGAACAUACGCAAGUGGCAACGCGACGAGGUCAUCGCUCGCUCUUGGCAUACCGAGAUGAUCAAUGGGAUUACAGGACUACUUACCGCUGUGGGCGUGCGUGACGAAGCCACUCUUGAGCAUUCUCGCCGAGUGGCGGAGCUCUCUAAAGCAAUUGCCGAGGAACUCGGGUUUGGAGCCCACGAGGUGUCUCAGUUACAUCUCGCGGCUUUGGUGCACGACAUAGGCAAGGCAGGAGUCCCUGACGCGAUUCUAUUCAAACACGGCUCGCUCGAUGAUGAGCAGAUGGCCGCGAUGCGCGAGCAUGUCGACAUCGCCGUUGGGAUGCUCGGUGAGAUUCCGGGCACUGGAGCGAUCGCACGUUUGGUGUCCCAGCAUCACGAGUCUCCGGAUGGCUCGGGGUAUCCCAGAGGCCUUACCGCCUCAGACAUCGACCCCACCGCCGCGGUACUUCGGGUUGCGGAUGUGUUCUCUGCACUCACCGAGGCGAGACCAUACCACGAGGCGAUGACAGAGUCAGAGGCACUUCUAGCCAUGGAGCCUCUGCGAGGAGACAAGCUCGAUGAGACGGCAUAUGCAGCACUUCACAGAGCGAGCGGUGCUGGCGGCAUGCAGGGCAUGGGCGACAUGGGUGAGAUGAUGAGCCGGAUGGGUGUUCCGCCGCCCAAGGAUAUCUAUCCGAGCCUCAUGGACCUCCCGAACAUGACGGCCGAGCAGCGCGACGCGUUUGAGCGACUCGGCCACGAGCGGAUGCGCGCCGGUACAGAACUAAUGAGCGAGGGCUUUGACGCACUGCUACGGUCGUCACCCACGCAGGACUUCGAGGCAAUGCAGGACGCCGUGAACAUGCUCCGAGAGGGCCUGUCACGAUUCGAUAGCGGACUGGCUGCGCACCGUGUCAUGAACAGCGUCGUGCCCUCAGACCAGGUCGCCAUGGAGUGGUUCAAACGCGAGUUGAAUCUCUCUACGCCGCUGUCGGCCGCGACCACGACUGGUCCGUUUGGGUGGUCAUGGUUCCACACGAGCGGCAUGGCUGUGCUGAUCGGCUUCGCCCUUGUCAUGAUCGCACUGUACUUCGUGAAGAUGCGGCGAGCCACGACCCUGCUACAAGAACUCGCGGCACAACCUGAAGGUGCGCCAUCAACUCAGUCAGUUCCAUCGGCUUCGUCCGCUGCGAUCCUCGCCCAUUCACCCUCGCCCGCUACAGCGGCCUUGCAGCCGUCGGUCCGCAAUGAACGCUGGGAAGGGCGGCUCUGUCUCGCAGCUACGUUCAGCGAGACGCCAGACAUCAAGACCUUCCGUUUAGUCAACCCCACUGGGGGUGCUGUGCCGUUCUCGUACCUCCCCGGUCAGUUCAUGACUGUGGAAAUCGAAAGUGAGGGCCGACGCGUUAAGCGAUCGUACACGAUCGCAUCGAGCCCCACUCGACAGGAAUAUGUCGAGAUUUCCGUCAAGCGUGAGGAACUCGGCGUCGUGAGCCGUGCGCUCCACGACAUGCUCGGCGAUGGCGACGAGCUCACACUGAGUGCCCCGUCGGGAACGUUCACAUUCACCGGCGAGGGUGAAGAUAGCAUCGUCCUCGUCAGCGGCGGAGUCGGCAUCACUCCCAUGAUGAGUGUGAUCCGAUACCUCACGGACCGCGCAUGGGCGGGCCACAUCUAUCUCCUUCACUGCUGCCGAACCACCGACGAUUUUUGCUUCCGCGAUGAACUGGAAUAUUUGCAGCGGAAGCACCCGCGCCUCAACGUCACGGCCACGAUGACACGUGCACGGGGUAGCGCCUGGGUUGGCCCAACCGGGCGGCUUACGGCAGGGCUCAUCCGAGAAUGUGUACCAGACAUCGCCUCCAAGCUCGUUCAUCUGUGCGGCCCACCGCCGAUGAUGGAAGCGAUCAAGGGUACGCUCGGCAAACUCGGUGUCCCCGCCGAACGCAUCAAGACCGAAGCCUUCGGACCCGCCAAGAGAGACACUCCGGCAGCGGAUACCGCUACUCAGGCAUCGCAUUCAACCGUGCGUUUCACCGUGUCCGGAAAGACUGUCCCUCUUCAGGCGUCAUCCACCGUGCUUGAGGCUGCCGAUGACGCUGGGGUAAACAUCGAUAACUCCUGUCGUGUGGGGACCUGCGGGAGCUGCAAAGUAAAGCUUCUCAAGGGCGAGGUCGCGAUGGAUGUCCAGGACGCGCUUGAUGACGCGGACCGACAAGCCGGCGUCAUCCUCGCGUGCCAGGCUAAGAGCAAGAGCGACGAGCUUGAGGUGGAGGCCUGA